AUGGGGGUCAAGGGGGCGAAAGCUCUGGCUGCAGCGCUCGCCGUGAAUGAGCAUAUUCGCUCGCUCAACCUCGGAGACAAUGCGUUUGGCGACGAGGGGUGUGCCGCCUUCGUGGGGCUGUCCAACACCACCCUGACCUCGCUCAACUUGGCCGACAACCAGAUAGGCUUUCACGGCAUGCGAUCGCUCGCGAGUGCGCUCCCUGGCGUGCCUGCGUUGCGCGAACUAGUGCUCAAGGGCAACGCGCUCGACGAUCGAGCCGCCGUGCCGCUCACUGACGCUCUCUCUGGCCCCGCCGCGGCCUCUCUCACGCGGCUCGACGUAUCUUACAACACGCUCGGCGAGGCCUCGGGCCUUGCGCUGGGCGAAAUGAUCGCGUCCAAUGCCCACCUGCUCGACUUGGAUCUGGGAUGGAACUCGCUGAGAGGAGCAGGUGGCUCCUCCGUCGCCCACGCUCUGCCGAGGAGCGCUCUCCGACGAAUCAAUCUGAGCUGGAACAGCAUCGGUGACCAGGGCGCGGUGGCGCUCGGAGAGGCCAUCCCCGGGAUCGCGGCGCUCACGCACCUCGACAUCUCGCACAACCGCAUCGGCCGCUUGGGUGCUACUGCACUGGCAGACGGGCUCCGAAGGAGCUCGACGCUCACCUCGUGCGAGCUCUCCCACAACCCAAUGGGACUGGACGGAACCAAGUUCAACCUCGAGGGCAUCUCCGCCAUCGUGGACGCGCUUCGCAGCAAUCGGCGCAUCGAGUCGGCCGGCCUCACUGAUGUGCACGAGGGCGCAUCGUACAAGCGCGGUGCUGCUUGCCGCUUCUCGCCGACCGACCCCGACGGCAGCUACAAGCUCGACUGCGCGGACCCUUGGGAUGCCUUUCUGCUUGAGACGCUGCACGCCAUGUCCAACGAGCCAGGCGAGACGUGGAUGCACGUGCGGCACAACGGCGCGCCGCUCGUCGUCCCCGACAGCGGGGAGUCGAGCGGAGAGCUCCCAAAGAGUGGGCUUGUGGAGUUCGAGUACGUGUCAUGGAGACGCGGGCUCGAGGCGGCGCUAGACCUCGACCUUUCCAAUGCGGGUGACAGGCUGCUUGCCGAGCUGGCCGAGCAGCGCGUCAUUGCGGGUGAUGUCUGCUGCCACUGGAGCAAACUCGACGGCACACCUUUUGCACUCGGAGUGGCGUCACUCCCUGCUGCGGGCUCCCUGCGAGCGGCUUGUAGCUCGACCACGCCGCAGGACGAGCUCACCUUUGAGGCGGCGCUCGACCUCUCCUCACCGGCCGGCCGUGCCACGGCGCUGCGACUCUGGGAGCGCCAGCUCACGUCACCCCUUGAAUCGUGGCGAUCGGCGAGCCUCGACGACGCGCGCGCGGACCCGGCCGAAUGGCAGUACCCCCACCUCCCCGAGCAGGGCACCCUCAAGCUUGAGCACACAGUCGAGCUGAGGAGCAAGCCGCUAGACCGCGGGCGUCAUCUGUCGCCGCCUAUGGCUGAGGCCAGGUUCGACGACCUGAUGAGGGCGCUCUCGGCCGAGCAGCAGCUAUCACUUGAGGGCCCGGCGCGUGAGGGCCCGGGACUGCUCUCACAGGCUGCAGGGCGAGCCUACUUUACAGCCGAGCAGGCGGCAGCAGUGCUCCGCGUUGUGCGGAAACGAAAGGGCCGAGCCAGGGCGAUGUCUGCGCUGCACCCGCGGGUAAUCGACCCGCAGAACCUAUCUGCCGCCGUGCAGCGGACGUUUGCGUCGGAGGCAGAGCGGCAGGAGGUGAUGGGAGUCCUGGAGGCUGCACUGUCGGAGCGACGGAGAGGGUUUGCGGUGAGAUCACUGUGA